AAUCAAAACAUAUUUUAAGACUUUACCAGUUUCAACAAUUAAUUCAAUUCGAUUGCUAUGUUUAAGUGUUCGUGAAAAUUUGAAAUGACUGCCUGACGGGCCUCAUGACAAACUAGUUUAACGGAUGAAGACCGAGCUGUUCCAAAAUGUGUUUACAUCUUGAAUAUACACGUGCAGCAGUGUGAGAAUUUUACCGGAGCUAAGAUCUAUAAAUAUUUACAGAUCUUUGAUCGGAGAUGGCCAAAAGUUUACGCAGUAAGCACCGGCGAAGGAUGAGGAGUGUCAAGAGGGAGAAAUAUGGCAAGAAGCAAAUCGAAAUACUAAAAAGCACUUUAGCAAAUGCAGUUACAAAAGACGUAGAAAUGAAAGAACUCUGCACAGUUAAAACAGCAGCUGAAGUAAAAGCUGAAACAGCAGAAAAGAUGGAGACCAACCAGGCAUCUACCAAAUACAACCCUAAAACCCUUAAGAACGAACAUGGCAACUACCCAGUGUGGGUAAACCAGCGCAAAAUUAAAAAGGUGAAGAAGCAACAGCAGAAAAAGGCAAAACAAACUUUGAAGAACAAAAAGAAAUAACAUCUUAACAAUUUGUGUUCAAAUACUUGCACAAUUAAUUUACCGGCAAUGUAUGUGUUGUGUUCCAACUGAAGAAUGAAGAUAUAUUUUAGAAACUGCAAGACAAAUUAUGUAUGAAGAAGCAUGUAUUUGUUGUGCAUUUCAAGUUAUAUAUAAUGUGGUAGUUAUUGUGUUCAUAACAAAAAUUAACACAUUAAAAUUCUUUUUUUGAGAUUUGUAGUAUUUCAACUUAAACUUAAAGUCAAUAUACUAUCAAUUGAUAUGUUAAUUAAUGUAUUCCUUUACACAAGGUCAUGUUGAUAUGUUGAACCAUUUUAGCUACACUAUUGACCAAAUAGUUUGAGCUUUAUAACUCAUCAGUUUGUCUUUCCAUCACACUGGUUAAGUGUUUGAAGCAAUAACUAGGUGUCUCUGUACGCAUAUGCAUGUAAAACCGUAAAAUGUUCAAGGUCUCAGUGUUACAGAUACAUAACUUGUGUCAUUGGGUCAUUAUUUAGUCAGUGAAUUAGGAUCAUGACUCUAACCUCCAAAUAAGAAUCAUAUAUGUUCUUUGCGAACUUAGAAGGUUCAUGUGAAUGUUUAAUUGAAACAACUUCUUUUCUCUGUACCUGGUAUUGAUAGUAAGGAUUUUAUUAUAAAUCCCCACACAAAUAAUCGGGUAGAGAAUCAAGCAAGUGAUCUUCAGUUUAUAAUAUAGUCCAGGGGACUGUGCCCUACCAUCUUAGCUCGCUAGGCUUGGAAAUGUCAGGUCAACAAAUGAAAUUGGUGAGGUCAAUUAAUGAACAUUUAAAUAAUCAAGAUCGAAUGAGCACACUGUUUUGGGAGCUCUUGUUGGUAUUGUUUGAAUAUUCAUUAAAAUUACAGCAUGAA